ACAAUUGCUGCAAAUGCGAAGCAGAGGAAUCUCAGCAGUUUGUCAGUGUUCCACCACAAACACAAAACGACAUGAAUAACGCACUCGCCACUCCAUCAGCCGAUUGAUUUUAUACUCGGAAUUCCUAUGUACAGUUGCUCUGUGACAGAAAAUGGCGUAUCCGAGACUUGCUCCUUCCAGCUUUCUCCCUUUCCUCCUGCUCAGCCUAAUCUGCUCUUUAGUCUCAGCACAGGCAAAUGAAGACGCCACGAUCAAGACCAUGGAGGAUUUCUCUGGGUACCCACUUCACGAAAGAAACGACCCUUUUUGUGGUUCAAGCUCUCUACCUACUUCACUCUCGGUGGACGGCGAUAGCCUGCAGAGACAGAUUAAUGAGCUCUCGACCUUCUCGGAUACACCAGCUCCAUCGGUCACUAGGAUUUUGUUUUCUGACAAGGAUGUCUUGGCCCGCAGUUGAACAUGAAAGGAGCGGCCUUUUGGUUUGCUAAUUCAUCUCUUUUCUUUCCCACAAAAGGGUUUUGCAGCCUUGUGAAGUUCGUCUAUAGGUUGUUGUUGAAGUGUAUUUAAGAGUUUGUUGGGUGACAAUUGCAGGUACAUAAAAAAUUUGAUGGGACUCUCUGGCCUCUCAGUGAGGGAAGAUGCUGUAGGCAACAUAUUCGGCCGAUGGGAUGGCUACAAGCCUGGGCUCCCAGCAGUUGCAACUGGUUCUCACAUUGAUGCCAUUCCAUACUCUGGAAAGUAUGAUGGAGUUGUUGGUGUCUUGGGUGCAAUAGAAGCUCUAAAUGUACUAAAGAGAUCAGGGUUCCGACCAAAGAGAUCACUAGAAGUUAUCUUAUUCACAUCAGAAGAACCAACAAGAUUUGGGAUCAGCUGCUUGGGAAGCCGACUGUUGGCUGGGAGCAAGGUGCUGGCUGAAGCUUUGAAGAAAACAACAGUUGAUGGUCAAAAUAUAUCAUUCGUGGAUGCUGCUAGAUAUGCUGGGUAUAUGAAGGGCGAAGAUGACUUAUCCAAUGUUUUCCUAAAUAGUGGGAACUAUUCUGCUUUCCUGGAACUACAUAUAGAACAGGGUCCUAUUCUGGAGGCAGAAGGCUUGUCCAUUGGUAUCGUAACUGCAAUUGCAGCUCCUGCAAGCAUCAAGGUUGAUUUUGAAGGCAAUGGAGGCCAUGCUGGUGCUGCCUUGAUGCCAAAUAGAAAUGAUGCUGGGCUUGCAGCUGCUGAGUUGGCACUAGCUGUUGAGAAACAUGUUUUAGAUUCUGGUUCAAUUGAUACUGUUGGUACAGUAGGUAUACUGGAGCUUCAUCCUGGAGCAAUCAACAGCAUCCCAAGCAAGUCACACCUGGAAAUUGAUACCCGGGACAUUGAUGAGAAACGAAGAAAUGAAGUGAUAGAGAAAAUUCAUCAGUCUGCAGUUGCUAUAGCCAAAAAACGUAGUGUGUCACUUACAGAAUUCAGAAUAGUGAAUCAAGAUCCACCAGCUAUAUCGGAUAAAUCUAUAGUUAAGGCUAUGGAAGAUACCUCGAAGGAGCUCAACUUACCUCACAAGUUGAUGAUAAGCAGAGCUUAUCAUGACUCCCUGUUUAUGGCCAGGAUAUCUCCAAUGGGCAUGCUAUUCAUUCCAUGCUUCAAAGGAUACAGCCACAAACCUGAAGAAUAUGCUGCUAGUCAGGAUAUAGCCAACGGAGUCAAAGUACUUGCCCUCACACUCGCCAAGCUGUCACUAGAUUGAUCCACUUCCCGGGCCCUCGUUGUAAAAUACUGCACUUAACAAUUCAAGACAGCGCGGUUGAUGACGAAGGAAUCUUAAUGUCAAAGUUAAAUAUUCAUGAAAGCAAAGACAUUUAAGUAAAGCAAAAGUACUUCCAACUUCUCAAUUUCCCGAUGAAAUGAACUGUUGUCUAUUCACAAUUCAAGUACAUGUGAGAUGUAAGCAGCUUGGUACUAGUACACUCUCUAGUCCAGUAGGUAUGGACAAUUGCAACAUACACGAAAUGUACGAAACACAAGGAGAACAUCUGCCAGCAAAGAGGCCAAGACUACAACCUCUGUUACAUGUUCUUCCCCGGCAAUGGCAGAAAAUGUAAAUGGACACUAGAACCAACCAAUACAGCAGAGCUUCAACUAUCCAUGUACAAAACAGGAGACUGAGAAUUAACAACAAGAAGUCUCAUAUUACUGGCAGGGUUGCAGUCAGAUGGUCAAGACGGUGAGCAAGGUUGCAGCCUCAGGGACAGUAGCAGCAAAAGCAGAGUUUGCGGAGGUCUCAUCAGGUUUCUCAGCCGCCUUCUCCAGCAGUAUCUCAAUCUUUGCCUUCUGAACCAAUCGGCCAGUCUGAGUGUCCUUGGAUUCAACGCUGGAGAUCUUGAUACCUGUUACCAUCUGCCAGUCCAUUGCGCUUCAGAUUCUGAGCGAUGGUGACCACAGUGGGAAUAGCUGGUACCCAAACACAAACCCCACAAAGCAAGCAACAACCAAUUUAGUCGCAGUUUCGAUCAUAAUCUCGAAAAGCCACAGAUAACUAAAGAGACGGAGAACUUACGCAGAUCAUAGCAACUAAGCGAAAGAAGCUAGAUUAAACUGAGGAAUUCCAGAAUCAAGAAAAUGUACAAGAACUUAUCACAGAGACGAGAGUAUAGAUAAAAGAAGAGCGUUCGAGAAAGAACGAUUACCCAUUCCAAGAGCAGAGAGCUCGACAGAGUUGUACUGCUUGAUGUGCCUCUUGGCGAGAUUGAGGUAGAAGAUGAAGGGAUUCUUGGUGUUGGAGACCUUGAUGAGUUGCUGCGGCCUCUUCUUCCUCACCUUCUUCUGUGUUGCUUCAGCAACACCAGCAGUGGCCGAAGCGACGGCGUCAAUGGCGGUGGUGGAGUCGCCGAGAACCUCUGACACUGGAGCGGCGGCGGAGAGAUUCUUGGCGCCGUUCUCUUUCUCCAUGGCGUGAGACUUCACGUUGCUGUUGCUGUUGCUGCUGCUGCUAUCGGGAUCUUUCUGAGGAAGCGGAGCCGUAAGCGCUUGACCUUCCAUUGGAAGCAGAAUCGGUGGUUCUCUCUCUCUCUUUCUCGCUCACAGCGGUGGAAACUGGAAAACGCGGGAAAAUUGGUUACACUGACUGUUUGAUAAUGGUGAAGACGAAAUGCGAUAGGGGGAAGAAGAAGGCAGGGGAAACAGUCCGUUUUAUAUUG